CCCAAACUUCACAGUUCACACCAGCAGAGUUGUGGUAGUUCCCAGUUCCCGGCCCACGUACUCUAGUAAUCCGAUCCGGAUCCCCCCAGAAGAGGAGCGAGCGUAGGGCAACAAGCAACAUGAUGCACCAGCACCACCCUCACCACCUUCCGCGCUUCCACUCGCCGUUGUCCUCCUCAUCUGAGGCGGUGGACAUGGAUCCCCGCGUGUGGGGCCGGCUGCCGCAGCCGCUGGUGGAUCGCGUGCUGGCGUGCCUACCGACGCCGUCCUUCCUCCGCCUCCGGGCCACCUGCCGCCGCUUCUGCAGCCUCAUCUACUCGUCGCCGUUCCUCCAUUCCCACCUCCUCCUCUCCCCGCACCUCCCCUUCUUCGCCUUCGCGGUCCCUUCUGCGGGGUACCUCCUCCUGCUCGACCCCACCAGGCAGGCGCCUUCCUGGUCCCGCCUCCCGCUGCCGCUGCCCGCUCCCGGCGCUGGCCAAGGGUUCUCCCCGGCGGCCGCGUCGGCGGGCCUGCUGGCGUUCCUGUCGGACGCGUCCGGCCACAAGACGCUGCUCCUCGCCAACCCCAUCACGCGCCUCCUCGCGCCGCUGCCGCUCUGCCCCACAGCGCGCCUCUCUCCCACUGUCGGCCUCGCCGCGGGACCCACCUCUUUCAUCGCCGUCAUUGCCGGCGAUGACCUUGUGUCCCCCUUCGCGGUCAAGAACAUCUCCGCGGACACAUUCGUCGCCGAUGCCGCCUCCGUCCCGCCCUCCGGUUUCUGGGCCCCAAGUUCCAUCCUGCCCCGCCUCUCCUCCCUCGACCCCCGCGCCGGCAUGGCUUUCGCGUCCGGAAGGUUCUACUGCAUGAGCUCGUCGCCGUUCGCGGUGCUUGUGUUCGACGUGGCGGCCAACGUCUGGAGCAAGGUGCAGCCGCCGAUGAGGAGGUUCCUGCGGUCGCCGGCGCUCGUGGAGUUCGGCGGCGGGAGGGAGCGCGAGGCGAGGGUGGCGCUGGUCUCCGCCGUCGAGAAGAGCCGCCUCAGCGUGCCACGGAGCGUGCGCAUGUGGACGCUGCGCGGCGGAGGGCACGGAGUCGCCGGCGGAAGCAGCGGCAGCGGGGCGUGGACCGAAGUGGCGCGGAUGCCAGCUGACGUGCACGCGCAUUUUGCGGCGGCCGAGGGCGGGCGCGGGUUCGAGUGCGCAGCGCACGGCGACUUCGUGGUGCUGGCGCCACGCGGGCCCGCGAGCCCCGUGCUCGUGUUCGACUCGCGCCGCGACGAGUGGCGCUGGGCGCCGCCGUGCCCGUAUAAUCCGUACGUCGGGGGGAUCGCCGCGGGAGGCCCGGGGUUCAGGGUGUUCGCUUACGAACCCCGCCUGGCUACGCCGGCCAUCGGUCUCCUGGAUGCCACGGCGCCGGCGGCGUUUUUGCAUGGGAUGCAGGGCUAGCUUGGUGCUAGCUAGCUCGUCGAUCAUCAAUCGUUUAAUUACUGGUUCCCUGCAUGCAUUUUCUAGAUAGUGGGUCGAAAUCAUUCGGGUUUGAUCUGCGUUGUGAGGUGAACAACAUGAAAUUUGGUGUUUUCCUGUGAAGGCCUGAAGGCUACUGGUAAGUCCGCUAGUUUGAGGCGUCUGUCUUUGUGAAAGCCUCUUUCGUAUAUGUUCCUUAGCACUAUUAAGUAUGUGGUAUUUCAUGAUUCAUGUAUGGGGAUAACUAUAUGAACAUUUAAACUUGGUUUCUUCGCAUAAGUAUUUGCAAUCCA